AUGGAAAGUCCACAUGAGCACCAGCAGGCCCUACUGCUCUCUCGCAUUAUCGGCAACAUUGAAAAACUAAAUGAGUCAAUCAUGGUGAUGAACAGAAGCCUCCAGGAGGUCAAUAUCCAGAACAUGAACGUCGAGCUUGUCGCACAGAUGUUCAAGAACUACCAGUCUAACGUUCUAUUCCAUUUAGAAGCGACGGAGAAUCUGAAAGACCCGUCAUCCUCGUCGUCCAGUUCUUGA